GCGUCACCCUCCCGCCCCUCGAGCGCAGCAUCAUUCUCCGUCCCUCGUUCGCAGCGGUUUAGAGUCAGAGCACCGUUCAGAUCGAUCAGAAUCAGAAUCAGAAUCAGAUCGCUCGCGCUGCGGUGGAAUGAAAAACAUCGCUAGCGGCGACACACCGGGGUUUUUGGGAUUUCUCAGCGGCAUCUGAAGCGGAAUCAUGACGGCCACCAAAGAGCAGCAAAGCCAGAGAACGAAUCCGCAGGACGAGGACCUGGCGGGCAUGAGUGCUCCUCAGAGGAAUUGGAAGGGGAUCGCCAUCGCUCUGCUGGUAAUUCUGGCGGUCUGUUCUCUCAUCACCUUGUCUGUGAUCCUCCUCACUCCAGUGGAUACGCAGCCCAGCAUUGACACCAAGCUGACGGUGGAGGAUAUUUUCAGCGCAGAUUUCUACGUACACGACCCUGAAGCGUGCUGGAUCAACGAAUCUGAGGUCAUCUACAGAAAUCAUCAUGGUCAUGUGAUCAGGUUUAACAUCCUCACGAAUGAGACCGAGAUCGUGCUGAAGAACACCACAUUCGAUACUUUCAAAGCCACCAGGUACUCCAUAAGCCCAGACAUGAAGUAUGUGCUUUUCGCCUACAAUGUCAAACAGGUUUACCGGCACUCGUUCACAGCGUCCUACAUCAUAUACAGCAUUCACACCAGGGAGGUUCUGCAGCUGGAUCCUCCAGAGGUGUUGAAUUCUAAACUGCAGCAUGCGGCGUGGGGUGUUCAGGGCCAGCAGCUGGUGUACAUAUUUGAGAAUAAUAUUUACUAUCAGUCGGAUGUCAGGAGUAACUCGCUGCGACUGACCUCAUCUGGGAAAGAGGGCGUCAUCUAUAAUGGCAUCGCUGAUUGGCUCUAUGAAGAGGAGGUCCUUCACACGCAUGUGGCGCACUGGUGGUCACCUGACGGCGAACGCUUGGCCUUUCUGGUCCUGAAUGACAGUCUGGUGCCAAACAUGGCAUUGCCCACUUUCACCGGCUCUACAUACCCUAAAGGCAAACAGUACCCGUAUCCAAAGGCUGGGCAGCCCAAUCCCAUGGUGAAACUGUUUGUGGUCAAUCUGUACGGCCCGACACACACUCUUGAACUCACACCACCAGAUGAGCUCAAGCUCAGGGAGCACUAUGUGGUGAUGGUGAAGUGGAUCAGUAAGACCAAGACAGCAGUGCGCUGGUUAAACCGAGCACAGAACGUCUCUAUUCUGACCGUCUGCGACUCCACCACUGGAGCCUGCAUCAAGAGGCAUGAGGAAACAUCAGAAGUUUGGCUCUCCAGACAGAAUCAGGAGCCGUUCUUCUCUCGAGACGGCAGCCGUUUCUUCCUGACGGUGCCGGUGAAGCAGGGAGGACGAGGAGACUUCCAGCACGUGGCCAUGUUCACCUCUCAGGCGCGUGCGGAUCAGAACGAGCUGCGGCACCUUACAUCAGGGAACUGGGAGGUGACGCAGAUUCUGGCUUACGAUGAGAACAGCCAGAGCAUAUAUUUCCUGAGCACCGAGGGCUCCUCGAGCCGCCGGCAGAUCUUCAGUGUGUCCACAGUGGGCCUGUUUCCACGUCGGUGUCUGACCUGUGAGCUCAAUAAAGCUCACUGCACGUUCUUCAGUGCUGAUUUCAGCCCCACUAAUCAACACGUCCUGCUGCACUGCAAAGGUCCAGGAGCGCCGACAGAGAUCAUACACACUCUGAACACGGCCAAUUAUUAUAUCCUGGAGAAUAACUCUGUGCUGAGAGCUGCUCUCAGAUACAAACGCAUCCAGUUGCUGGAGUACAGAAGCAUCCAGACCGACCACUUCGAAUUGCCGCUGAAUAGAAUAUACGGUCUUGACGCUGCCCCCGGUGGUCAGCAGGUGAAUGACCGUUACUCACUGGACUGGGACUCAGUGCUGGUCAGUUCAGAUAAUGUCAUCGUAGCUCGCCUGGACGGCAGGGGAAGUGGCUUCCAGGGUCAGAAGGUGUUACAGGAAGUGCACAGGCGUCUGGGAUCCGUGGAGCUGCAGGAUCAGCUGGCCGCCGUUGAGUACCUGCUGAAAUUGCCGUACAUCGAUCGAACCCGGAUUGGUGUGUUUGGCCGGGGUUAUGGAGGAUAUGUCGCACUCCUGCUGAUUAAAUCCACGGAGAACGUGUUUAAAUGCGCAGCAGCCAUGUCGCCUGUGACAGACUGGAGUCUGUACGCCUCGGCCUUCUCUGAACGCUAUCUGGGUUUCCCUCUUCAGGACGACAGCAGAUAUCAGUUCUCCAGUGUGCUGCAGAAUCCACAGGGUUUCAGAGAGCAGACGCUCAUGCUGCUGCACGCCACUGCAGAUGCAAAUGUUCACUUCCAGCACACGGCCGAGCUCAUUAAGAACCUGGUGAAGGUGGGAGCGAAUUACACACUGCAGAUUUAUCCAGACGAAGGUCAUUUCUUGUCCAAGAGCAGCCAGCGGCACGUGGCUUCAACACUGAGCAGCUACUUCAGAUCCUGCCUGCAGGAGGAGGUGCUUCCCAUCAGUGAGGAGGAGGAGGAAGAGGAAGAGUAGAGUGAAGAUGAGACGCAACACAGAAACACAUGCUGACACUGACACACACGCACACAUCAGGACAAUACAACACACUGUACAAGCAUCCAGAGAACACUCAGAUAAGAGAGAGCCAAGAGUGAGUGAGUGAGUGAGUGAGUGAGUGUGCGUGUGUGUGUGUGUG